GAAGAGCAGCGGGGAGAAAAACCUAUAUCAGUAGGAGAGAGAAUGAACAGAGAAGACUUGAGUGUUCAUUUUUCCAAGAAUUGGCAUCUGCGCUCCAAUCUCUAGAAGGGUGGAGCAAGGAAUGGAAGCUCCAAGGCAGAGAGGCAGUUAGCUUCUCUAAACUGAACCCUCAACUCAUCGUCCAAGCUUCCAAGGCUUCUCUUCCAGAAUACUGAUGUGAGCCUGCAGGAAAGCCGCUUUAGAAGAAAAAGGUCUUGAUUCUUGCCAAACAAAAACAAUUGAGUCGAGAAACCAGUUCCAUCAUGCGAGACUAUCGAGAGUAAGCACACCUAAGCUUAGCUAACCCAUUCUUAGACUGUGUUUCUGUAUAUUCCAUUGAUCUGCAGAAGAUCGAUUCUCAAGUUCUUAUUCCUUUGCCUCUUUUUUUCUUCAGUUUCUCUUUCUUUGUUUUUGUUUUAUGCACUUUGUCUUUAGACUCUGAAAUGAUCUUUAGACCUUUAAACGGAUGCCGAUGUUCUUUCCGUAUCUCUCAAUCUCUUUUUUAUCGCAUUCAAGUUUUCCUCAACUUCCACACAACUCCUUCAGUCGGCCAGUUCUCCAGUUCAGACGAAACCCAGGUAAAAAAAUGGAGAUCUGUUUAUGACUCUGAUGUUUCGAGGUCGGCGAGACCGGGUUCUACUAAGGUUUCCAGGAAGAGUUCAAAAAACAAGCCCUCCGUUGCACAUGAUUUAGUCGAGUUUGAUCACAAAACAGUUGGAGAAACCAUUUCCAGCUAUGGAAACGAUUGGAAACGCGCUCUGGAAUUCUUCAAUUGGGUUGAAAAUGAGUGCCGGUUCCAACACAACACCGAUACCUAUAACCGAAUGAUAGACAUUCUGGGGAAAUUCUUCGAGUUUGAGCUUGCUUGGGACUUAAUUAAAAGAAUGGCUGGUGAUGGAAAUGGAAAUGGAUUUUCUUCACCUGAUCAUUCUACGUUUCGGAUAAUGUUCAAGCGGUAUGUCUCGGCGCACAUGGUUGAAGAAUCAAUUAAUACUUAUAAUCGGAUGCAAGAGUUCAAUUUGAAGGAUGAAACUGCAUUUCUGAAUCUUAUUGAUGCACUUUGUGAGUACAAGCACGUAAUUGAAGCUGAGGAGUUGUGUAUGGGAAAGAAUUCACCUUUCACAGCCAACACAAAAGUGUAUAACAUGAUUCUACGAGGGUGGUUUAAAAUGGGUUGGUGGAGUAAGUGCAGAGAGUUCUGGGAAGAGAUGGAUCGAAAGGGUAUUGAUUGUGAUCUUCAUUCGUAUUCUAUUUACAUGGAUAUUCUUUGCAAGUCAGGGAAACCAUGGAAGACAGUUAAAUUGUAUAAAGAGAUGAAGAAGAGGGGGAUUGAAUUGGAUGUGGUGGCGUAUAACACAGUGAUUCAUGCCAUGGGUCUCUCGGAUGGUGUUGAUGUUGCAAUGCGGCUCUACCGUGAGAUGUUGGAUUUGGGAUGCAAUCCAAAUGUUGUGACAUACAAUACAAUCAUAAAGCUUCUGUGCCAAUCUGGAAGAAUAAGGGAAGCCUAUAAACUACUCGACCAAAUGCCUAAGAAGGGUUGUGUCCCUAAUGUUAUUACAUAUCACUGUUUCUUUGGGAGCCUUAAUAGGCCUAAGGAGAUUCUUAAACUGUUUGACAUCAUGAUUAAGGGUGGGGUCCGCCCUAGAAUGGACACUUACGUGAUGCUUAUGUCAAAAUUUGGAAGAUGGGGCUUUCUACGGCCUGUCUUCCUUGUUUGGGACAAGAUGAAGGAACAUGGAUGCACCCCAGAUGCUUGUGCUUACAAUGCUCUGAUUGAUGCAUUGGUGCAGAAGGGUAUGAUUGAGAUGGCUAGGAAGUAUGAUGAAGAGAUGAUGGAAAGAGGGCUCUCGUGUAAGCCGAGGAGAGAAUUGGGAACAAAAUUACUGAGUGGAGGGUCUGAUGGUCUUCUCUGACUUUUGAUGAACUCUUGAGUAUCUGCCAUGUAAUGAAAGAUGUUGACCACCUGGUUCUGGGAAGAUGCUGGUAAGAGGACCUUGGACCAAGCCACAGGAACAAAUCUAUUUAAUGGAUAUUUGAAUUUUUGCUAUAUGAGGCUGGAAUUGUUUCUCACUCCAUACUCCAGAGUUUGUACAAACUGUAAAUUCAUAAUUUUUUGAGUUGGACCCAGUUUUUACUAGCUUCACAACAAUGAGAUUGGAAGGGUAGUAAAACUUAUUUUAAAUGUUACAACCGUGCAACUAGUUUGAGGUU